CGGAAGAGCUCACACCUGAUUGGCUCACGAGACACGCUCGUGCCCUGCUCUCUGUCUACCUGUACAGACCCGGACCGUCGGGAGGAGACGACCUGGGAGGAGACACCCGGACCCGGACCCGGGGAGAGGCGAGCACAGGGCGGGACAGGGCGGCAGCAGGACCCGGAGAGCCGGUUCUCUCCCCGCUGCUCAGGCAACUCCAGGACGCGAUGCUUCUGUUAAAGUUGUGAAGUUGAACCACACACUUGCUCACCACACCAACUGGACCUCCAGUGAUCACCAGCCAUGGCGAGCCAGGAUCCUGUCAACCCUUCACAUGCCACGUUCGACCUCUUUGUCCAAGCCAAGACGUGUCAGGAGGUGAAGCAGCACUUCUCCGAGCUCUGCCAGCAGCUGCAGUUAGACCCCAGGGACUUCAGGACUUUCUUCACCAAGCUGAAGGAAAGACUGAACUACUGGAAGGCCAAAGCCUUGUGGACCAAGCUGGACAAACGGGCCAGUCAGGCGGCGUACCAGCAGGGAAAAGCCUGCACGAAUAACAAGUGCCUGGUGUUGGGUUCUGGGCCGUGUGGGCUGAGAACGGCCAUCGAGCUGGCCCUCCUGGGGGCCCAGGUGCUGGUGCUGGAGAAGAGGGAGGAGUUUACCCGGAACAACGUUCUCCACCUCUGGCCUUUCACCAUCUACGACCUCCGAGAACUGGGAGCCAAAAAGUUCUGUGGCAAAUUCUGCACAGGCUCUCUGGAUCACAUAAGCAUCCGUCAGCUGCAGCUGAUCCUGCUGAAGGUGUCUCUUCUCCUGGGGGUGGAGGUGCACACCAAGGUGGAGUUCCAGGGCCUGAUAGAACCCACCGGAGAACAUGGUUGGAUGGCCAAACUGCUGCCUCACUCUCAUCCUGCGGCAGCCUUUCAAUUUGAUGUCUUUAUAUCAGCCGGGGGAGGCAGAUUUGUCCCUGAAGGGUUUAGGCACAAGGAGCUGAGAGGGCAACUGGCCAUCGGCAUCACAGCCAAUUUCAUCAAUGGAAAAACAGCUGCUGAGGCCGAAGUACCAGAGAUCAGCGGCGUCGCCCGCAUCUACAACCAAAAGUUCUUCCAAGACUUACUCACUGAGACGGGUAUUGAUUUGGAGAAUAUCGUCUACUACAAAGACGACACCCACUACUUUGUCAUGACUGCCAAGAAGAAGAGCUUGCUGAAAAAAGGGGUUAUUAAACAGGACCACGCUGAUGCAGAUCAGCUGUUGGCAACUGCCAACGUGGAUCACGAGGCUUUGUACCGUUAUGCACAUGACGCUGCCAACUUCUCCACCGGUGGAAAUCUUCCUGACCUGCAGUUUGCUCGGAGUCAGGGAGGGAAGCCGGACGUGGCCAUGUUCGACUUCACCUGCAUGCACCGAGCUGAGAACGCCUCGCUGGUGAAGGAGCGGAGGGGCAGCAAGCUGUUGAUGGGGCUGGUUGGAGACUGCCUGGUGGAGCCCUUCUGGCCUCUGGGAACCGGCAUAGCCCGGGGAUUCCUGGCUGCUUUUGAUGCAGCGUGGAUGGUGCGGAGCUGGGGUAUGCGUGUCCCACAUCUCAAGGUCCUAGCUGAGCGUGAGAGCAUCUACCAGCUCCUCUCCCAGACAACGGCAGAAAACACCAGUAAAGACUACGCUGGUUACAGCAUUGACCCCAAAACCCGGUACAAGAGACUCAACCUGUCCUCCAUCAGCACCAGCCAGGUGCAGCACCUGUAUGAUGAUGAUAAAUCCCGUCCUCCAAGCAGGAAACAGAAGGACAAGCAGCCUCGCGUGUGUCCAGAUUCACCCAGUGGUUUUGAGGAUCUGUUGAAAUGGUGCCAGAAUAACACCACAGGUUAUAAGAAUGCAAGUGUGAAAGACUUUACCCAGUCCUGGAGAUCUGGGCUGGCUCUGUGUGCUCUUAUCCACCGCUUUAGACCUCAUCUCAUUGACUUCUCCUCCCUGGAUGAGUCCAGCAGCGUUCCCAACAACCAGCUGGCCUUCAGUCUCCUGCAGAAGGAGCUGGGCGUCUCCCCGGUCAUGUCUCCCAGCGACCUGGCCAACAGCGGCCAGGUGGACCAGCUGUCCGUGGUGCUGUACCUGACGCAGAUCCGGGACGCUCUCACCUCUCCAGCCAAACCAGAACAUGAGGACUCCGUGCCGUUGUCCAGGCCUCUGACUUUCUCCCAGACACAGUCUGCCGUCUUUUUCCUGAACAAGCUGAAGCACAACUCUCUACAAAGACGCAAAGAAAAGCUGGGGGCUGACAAACGAGCCUCAGAAAUCCAGAGGAUGGAAGAUGAAGACAACACGUUGGUGUCUCCUGUGAGGCGGGACCUCAGUCCUCCCCCUGCUCCGGAGGGGGAGGUUCAGCUGGACGGCGUGUCCACGCCGACCAGCGAGGGCUGUUAUUUCUGCGGUCAGAGAGUGUACGUGCUGGAGCGCAUCAGCGCCGAGGGGAAGUUCUUCCACCGCGGCUGCUUCACCUGUCAGCAGUGUGGGGUCACACUCAGACUGGGAGGAUACACCUUCCACCAGAACACAGGGACGUUUUACUGCGAGCAGCACUCUGAAGAGCUGCUGCUUCUGAACGGGGCUGGAGCUGCUCAGGAGGGAAACGGAGAGAAUCCCAAAGAGACGGAUGAGGAGAAGGAGUUUACCGGUGAUGAUUCUACACCAGGUCCAUCAGACGAGGAGUCCGAGCUCACUCUGGACUGUAAUUCCUAUCCAGUUUCCCGGCCGUGUGAACCCAAAGAAGAGGACCAGCAAACACUCGAGUCCAAAGAAGAGUCCAAAGAGUCACACGAGCCCAAACCCGCUACAGAACCUCAGAAUCAAACCAGGGUAGACGCCGUGCUCCCUGAGGACGAGGAGGAGGAGGGGAGAAUGCCGUGUCCGGUCCCAAAGCCACGUAUCUCUCGGCAGAAUGCUCCCAGCUCUCAGCCCGCUCCCCCGGUAGCUAAACCUCGCACCAUCCACCUCUCAAACCCCUCCACGCCAGACAAACCUCCACCUCCAGCCCCUCCGGGGGACGUCUCUACAGCAGGACCAGACCUGAAUCCUAAACAGUCUCUGAGAAAGCUCCAGCUAAGUGCGGAGGAGAAGAACCAGCUGGGGAACCUGCAGAGCUUCAGUGCAGACUCCGACUCAGAGACCCACGGAGGGUCGUCGUCCUGCUCGUCUUCCUCCGCCAACGCCGGGGGGAUUCCUAAAGCAGGGGGGGACGGGCCGGAGGAGGAGGGCUACUGGAGCGGGAGCACGGCCAGUAACUUCCGGGACAAGAGAAACCGCCACUGCUUCAGGAGGAAAGAGAUGCCCGGCGGGCAGACGAGAGUACGGUCCAAGUUCUCCCCCUGGAACCUGUCGUCCCCCAGGAUCAGCCGAGACACCCGGCUCAGUGUCCUCGUCACCCACCCGGGGAGAGUCGAAACAACAUUCAGACGUGUUCACAGCACCUCCGAAGAAGGUGCUGAUGGAGAUGAUGGAGAUGAUGGAGAUGACGACGACGACGACGAUGAUUACAUGUUUGAAGAGGAUAACGAUUUAUUUGAUGAGAAGUUUCCACCAGUCCCGUCAGACCCUGCUGAGGCUGAGAAGCUGGAGUUGAUGAAGAUGAGGACGUUAGAGCGACAAGCCAAAAUGAGUGGGUUACAACGGUUCCACAAAGCCCAGUCCAUCCAGAGGAGACUGGAGGAGAUUGAGGUGACCUACAAGGACCUGGAGGAGAAGGGUGUGGGGCUGGAGAGGAGACUGAGAGGAGAAGCUGAUAACGGCGGUUCUCCUGAUAUGAUCGAGCAGUGGAUCCAGCUGGUCCAUGAGAAGAACGCACUGGUUUCAGAAGAGUCGGACCUGAUGGUGGCGUCCCGUCAGCUGGAACUGGAAGACAAGCAGAGCACGCUGGAGCUGGAGCUCAGGAAAUAUAUGGAAGUGGAAGAUAAGACGCCGGAGCAGGAGGCAGAGGAAGAGCAGGUGCUGCAGCAGAUGAUCGAGGUGGUGGACAUGAGGGACUCGCUGGUGGCCUUUCUGGAGGAGAAGAGACUGAAGGAGAUCAGUGAGGAGCAGGAGGCCUUCUCCAUCAGGGAGGCCAAGAGGCACUCCAAGACCGGAUCACAGGUCCACUGGGCCUGAGACACACACACACACACACACACACACACACACACACACACACACACACACACACACACACACACACACACACACACACACACACACACACACACACACACAGCAUGAGCCUUCAGUGCCACAUGAGUGAUUUUCUCACGGUGAGUGAGACGUGCUGCUUUCAGAGCAGGAACCUGGAACUUACAUUUGCAAAGCCAAAGAAGAUGUAACAUUAUUGAAGAGGGCAUCAUUUCCCACAACUGGUCUCUGGGAGAACAGGAUGAAGUUCCUGGUGAAACUGGAAGAAUAUCAACUCCAGUCCACCCCUAGAGGGAGACAAGAGCCGGGGGAUCUCAAUCUUUGAUUUAUCAGUCCAGCGUUUCCUGUUUCCUGCCCUCAUGGAUCCUGAGCAUAUCCAUGUCUCCUCCUCGUUCCAUGGAGCUGCUGCAAUACGUCAACGUUGCCGCCAUAUUGGAUGCCAUAAUGGACUUAUUUUCAUAAAGCGCCUUUCUACAAAGAAAUGUACGU